UUUCGACUUCGCCAGUAGAGUUCGUGAGUCUCUUAUUAUACCUAACUUAUAUCUAAUGUAUCAGUAGAAAGUAUUUAUUUUAUUCUAAGUAGUUCGUUGUGUUAAAACAUUUCUGUUCAUUCACCAGGUCGUGUCAAAGAUGAGCUAGUGGCCGAGGAUCGGACAGAUGAACUCCAGGAGCGAAGGCGCGGGUGACCUAGGGGUCGCCGACAAGAACUUCUACCAGAGGAACAUGGCGGACGUCAAAAUACACUGUGAGAAAACUCGAGCGGAGAAAAUGAAAACUAAAAAAGACAAAAGUGACUGUUUAAACUUACGAAAGACUCUGUUGGGAUCUAGCCCGCGUUUGGUGAUUCUUAAGUCUGCAGAAGACCUGUGCAUUAAAGGGUUCGAUAUCGGGGUGAAGAAACACAAGACGGUGGAAAAAGUCGCCACUGAUCCCAAAGUGAACGAGAGGUUGUUGACAACCAUAGACCAGAGUCAAGGAGACAGCUCUUCAGCGGGGUCGGGGACAGGCCCUAGGGUGGUACCUACCAGGCAUAAGUCUUCCUCGUACUGCUGUUUAUAUUUUGGCCUUGUGUCUAGUAUUCUACUAACAACAUUAUCAAUACUCUCCUUCAUUUGGACGCCUUAUAGCACAUUAAUGAAUGAGAGGCUAAAGAUGGUGAGAGGUUUGCCAGCUUACGAGUGGUGGGCGAAUCCUCCAGAUGAAGUACUCUUAAGAGUCUACCUCUUCAAUAUCACUAAUGCUCAACAGUUUCUUGAUGAUCCGGAGGCAAAACUUCAUAUGCAGGAAGUUGGCCCUUACAUUUUCAGGGAAAAGCUUGUCCAUAAAGAUGUGAAGUUCAAUGAAAAUGGAACCAUGACAUAUACAGCCCAUCGGACAGCCAUUUUCCUACCAGAGAUGAAUCAUCUCUCUCUAAAUGCUACGCUAGUUCUACCAAAUUUAGCUGUAUUGGGGAUGUCAUCGUACCUGUGGGACGCAUCAUUCUUUACCAAGCUGGGAUUUAACCUGCUACAAAACCGGCUAGACUCACAGCCUUUGAUGAACACGACAGUCUACAACUACUUCUGGAAUCUCUCAGACCCUCUGCUCAAAGUUGCUCAUCAGCUGGCUCCUACAAUGGUCCCUGUCCAGAACAUGGGCAUUUUACAUCAAAUCUACAGCAAUUUUGUGGACGAAGUGACAGUAUACAUGGGUCCAGACAACGGUUACCGGUUCUUCAAAGUGAACCAGUUUCACGGUAGCCCAAGAUUCGGCUAUUGGGACAAUGAAACUUGUGACUCUGUACAAGGUGCAACUGAAGGCGUGACCUACCAUCAGUCCAUCUCAAAAACAGACACCCUAAAGUACCUACGAAAAACCAUCUGUCGAGUCGUACCACUGGAUUUCACACAUGAGGAGAUCAAGAUGGGAAUGACAGUGUACAAGUUCGAGCUUCCUCUUGACAUUUACUCUCGUCCUCCUGAUGGUUCAGAGGAAUGUUUCCUACGUCCAGGUCUGCCUUCCUUGCCUUCUGGUCUCACCGAUGUGUCACCCUGUUACUACAAUUUCCCAAUAGCCGCUUCUUUCCCUCACUUCCUCAAUGCUGAAAAGUCAGUCAAAGAAAGCAUCGUUGGAUUGGCUUCUGAUAAGGCCAAACAUGGUUCUUUUGUCAUUGUUGAGCCUAAUACAGGAGUCCCGAUGGAAAGCAGAGCCCGAAGUCAGUCCAAUCUUGUGGUCCGCCAAGUAUCUAGCUUCCCUCGAGUGAAGAGGUUCAGCAAUACUUUCAUCCCCAUGUUCUGGGCUGAAUAUAAUCAAGUGGGACUUCCGUGGUACAUCGCCUCACUGAUGUACUUCACGGUGAACAUUCUGCCUGUGACCCAGACCUAUUUCUCCUGCUUGUUCACUGUCCUGGGAGCUAUUCUAAUAGUCAGGGUCCUCUUCAGCAUCAUCCAAAGAAAGCGUGAGUCAUCGCGACCGCUGUACUCCUACAGUUCGCUGGAUCUCAUCCCCCCUCCUCCCAAAUGCUGACACACCCUCUGUUGGUUCCUAUAAGUACUGUAAUGCGAUGCAGCACUCAAAGCACUGCAAAGCUCAAAACCAGAUUCGUGAUAACCCACUGUAGAUUAGCUUAGUAUUUAGGCUAGUAUUUUACUAUAAGAAUAUUUUCGUGACUAUAUUUUAGCGAAAAUUAUAGCAUUCUGUUUAAAGCUACAGAGUAAAUACCGAUAAAAUGUACAAUGUAUCAAAUUAAAAUAGUGUUUAUGAGAGUAUCGUUUUAUAUAAUUUAUAUUUUAUGUAUUCCGUCCAAAUGUUGUAAAAUAUAUCUGAAAUUUU